ACAACUCAAAGCAGAAACCCAAGAAUCGAAAUGUCCAAUGAAAGAGAGCCUCGCUUGAACUACAAGAUCUAUACAGACCCUACCCCUUUACCAAGUGACAUACCUCCAGUUGAUGAACUCGGUACCACUUCUGCCCCAUUGUAUUCAGCUGCUUAUUUCAUUGGUGCCAGAUGCCAACCUUACAAUGAUGAUUUCAUGCUCUGUAAAGAAGAGGCUCAAGGAACAGGAGAACUGGACUGUUUGAAAGAAGGAAGAAGAGUGACAAGAUGUGCUGCUUCUGUUAUCAAGGAUUUGAAUGCUCAUUGUGCUGAAAGUUUCAAGUUGCAUUAUGAAUGUUUGAAUGAAAACAAUUAUAGAAUGAGCAAUUGCAGAAAGGCAGAGACUUUAUUUAACAAUUGUGUUUUCGAAAACUUGAAGUUGAAGAAGGAAAUCCCAAAUGCCCCAGAACAAAUUCAUUUGAAACAAAACACAAGGUUUGGACCAAUUUUUGAAGACCGUCCUUCUGCUGCUGCUUAUGAUCUUGCUAAAAAAGAAGGUAAAAUCUGAAUAUUGCAAGUCUAUCUAUUU